ACUUGGUUUACAUUGCAAGCACGUGACCCUAGCUAUAUUGCUUUAGCUAGUUCAACAAUAUGAAGCGAGCCAUCUAAAUGGCUUGUCUUCCCAAAUAUAUGAACUGUAGGUUUUGAAGACGUCGACCAUCAACCUCCGAACACAAAGCCCAUCACAGAAGAUAACCUUGAAGCUCUUCACCACAUCCACAUGACGUACCAAAUGAAAUUAAGUGAAGGGCGGAUCCCUGAGAAUCAGGGGUUAUCGAAGACGGAAUUCAAGAAGCUGCUCCAGGCCGAGAUGAAAUUCAAAACACGAUCUCACAACACCUAUCACAACACCCAUGCUCCCGAGCUCAAAAAUCGACAAGCACAGUUACUAAAAGACAGUGCGCCGAAUAUAGCCUCGAUUGGUUCCUCUUCCGUCGAGAAGAUUCAAACACCUAGCCCCACCAACGUCCCAGCCGCGAUAGAUACAGUCUUGAUCGGUGACUCCAUGCUGGAGCGUCUAAAGACCACGAGUGCGCACACACAAAUCGCUCACCUCCCCUCAUCAUUCAACGCCGGCGUCGGCGGAGACAAAAUCGAGAACGUCCUGUAUAGACUUGAUCUCGGCAUGAUGGACCUGUUGGAGGAAUGGAACGUCAAGGUCUGGGUAGUGAUGGUUGGCACCAACAAUCUCAAAAAGACACACCAUCUGCUUCCAGUUGAAGUCCAAAGCUACCGGUUACUGCUUCAAUCACUUCUUUCUAUCUCACCGAGGAGUCAGAUCAUUGCGUGCGAACUCUUCAAGCGGAAAGAUGUUGGGGAUCAGUAUGUGGAAGAGUCAAACGAGUUGCUCCGAGGCAUGCUCAACGACUUCGACAAGAAUUUGGGAAUUGGACAGAGAAUCCACUGGAUGGAAGCGCCCUUGGGUAUCACGAAAGAGCAUUUAGUCGAUCACGUUCACCUCAAUGAAGAAGGAUACCGGAUUUGGGAUCAGACCCUAUAUGUGAAAUUACAAGAGUUGCUGGGGAAAUUAGAUACCUCGGAAUAGAAUAACUUAGGUAGGGGCCUAAAAAGUAUGGUUUUGAUGAUAUUUCUUGUUUGAAGAAUUGAAGGAGCGGGUUUUUGGGGGAGUGAUGACUGCCAGAAUAAUUGUACCCUUAGAAAGGACACCGAGCUGCGAGCCAGGCUCUCAAACCGCAGCAGGCCAGUGUACCCUCAAUUGUAUAUAGUAUAUCUUCAAGUUAAGUAUCCAAGGUAGUCUGACGCA